GAAUUGUGUCUUUUUCUCCUUUUUAUUUGUUUCAUUGUCUUUUUUCUGAAAGCUAUUGCUGUUUGAUCUUUCUUUUUUGUCGGGAUUUGGCCUGUGGUCUGUGGAUAAGUAAAUUUGAAGUUAUCCACCUUUGUGAAUUAUUUAUUAUCUGUGUUUGUGGAAAAACAGUUUCAUUAAUUAACACUUAAAAUGAAAUGAGGUUUGCAGAUAGGGAUUUUCGACAUACGAUGGAGGAAUACUCGCGCGAGCCGUGCCCGUGGCGGAUUCUGGACGACUGCGGCGGAGCCUUCACCAUGGGCUGUAUCGGCGGCGCCGUCUUCCACUCCAUCAAAGGCUUCCGGAACGCGCCGAGCGGCCUGGCGCGCCGCGCCGCCGGCAGUCUGGUGGCCGUCAAAACGCGCGCGCCCAUCAUCGGCGGCAACUUCGCCGUCUGGGGCGGCAUGUUCUCCACCAUCGACUGCACGCUGGUGCACCUGCGCAAGAAGGAGGACCCGUGGAACAGCAUCAUCAGCGGCGCGGCCACCGGCGGCAUCCUGGCGGCGCGGAACGGCGCCGCCGCCAUGGCCGGCAGUGCCGUCAUCGGCGGCGUCCUGCUGGCGCUCAUCGAGGGCGUGGGCAUCCUGUUCACCCGGCUAUCGGCCGAGCAGUUCAAGCCGGGCCACCCGCAGAUCGAGGACCCGUCCCAGCUGGGGCAGCCGCCCAGCGCACAAACCCUGUAGCUGGUCACGGACUGGCUAGGCGCUCUGUUGUGAUACUCGGCUCCCGCGAGCCGAGGCGUGUGUUGUACUCUUUGAUGAUGUUUGACGAUGUUUAUGGUACGUGUCUACUGGUACUGUACAUCAUCUGCCUAGAAUGUGUCUCAGUAUACGGACGUGCUAGUCAGCGAUUUUCGCAGACGUUCGCACGGCUAGUGUAUAGAAUAUGCCAUAUUUAAUGGCAUUACAACGGCGCGCUACUAGGAGCAGAUCAUUGGUGUUGUGACGAGCUGGCUACGUGGUCAUCGCAUUGCAUCCCUGAUGAAAAUAUACCUCCCACCAGACA